CGUAAUAUCAGCAGGAGGACGACACAUUGGCUCGACAAUGACGGCGAAUAGGAGGCUACAGAAGGAACUUGAGGAAAUCCGUAAAUGUGGAAUGAAAUCUUUCAGCAUUCAAGUGGAUGAGUCAAAUUUUUUUACCUGGCAAGCGCUCCUUUUUCCUGACAAUCCUCCAUAUGACAAAGCAGCAUAUCGGGUUGAGAUCCUAUUUCCUGCAGAUUAUCCUUUCAAGCCACCCAAGGUGGUUUUCAAGACAAAAAUCUACCACCCCAACGUUGAUGAGAAUGGUCAGAUCUGCCUGUCACUGAUCAGUUCAGAGAACUGGAAACCAGCCACGAGAGUUCACCAAGUGAUUCAGUGUCUUAUUUCUCUGGUGAACUGCCCUGAGCCUGAGCACCCGCUGAGGGCAGACCUCGCUGAGGAAUACUACAAGGACCGCAAGAAAUUUUUGAAGACGGCAGAAGAGUUUUCAAAGAGAUAUGGUGAGAAGCGACCUGUAGACUGAGAGCAGAGCUUGGAGAUGUGUUGCCUCUGGCCCUCUGUCUCCUGUUCAGAGAUGGCUCCCACACUCUCUGCUCUAACCCCAAACUAUGAGUGAAGCCCUGUUCAUGCAUAUCUGCAUUGUUAACAGCACUACACCGUGCUGUCCACUCCUUAGUAGAGUGGUGGAAUUUUGUUUCAAUUUGCCAUGAAAGCAGGACUUUUUGGUGAAUAGACAGGCUCCUGCCUCUAGGUGUCAGCCUUUUUUUGUGGUAGUGUCUCUGUUGAUUUCUGUAUUAGACAAUUUGUGAAAAUGAACGAGGGGGCAUCUUAUAAAUCAAAAUGUCAGACACAAAAAAAAUGCUGUGCUUCUUUAGUCUUGAAUGUUUUCAUAAAUAAUUUGCUUAUACAGAUCUGUUUACAGAUUUUGAGACUGUUUUUUAAAGUUACUGAAUGCACGGCAAUUAUACUGUUGUUUUUUAUCUACUGUCACAUUCCUUCAUAACCCAUUGUAUUCUUUUUCCUUAAGUUGCACUUUGUGGAAAUGGCUUUUCCACUCCAUGAAAUCAUUAUAUUAUAUCUUAAAUUUGUUACCGACGCUGAGUUUCACAUGUAAAAGAAACUGCACAAACAAAGAUUUUCGAAAAGCAGCAACAUUGUAUUGUCUUCUUUAUGUUUUUAUAUCUUAACAUGUGUGUAGACUGUAUUUUAAGAAAGACUUAAUGACAAAUUAUCAUUGUUUGUUAUGCUGUUUGCAUCUCUACUUUCUGUGGCAUAAAACAGAU